GGGUGUUUUAACUUUCCGAAGACGACAACAUUUCUGUCGACCCUCAAGGUAAACGCUCUAUUGGGAAGGGAGACCUUCGUAUUUAUAGAGAGAGAUCACGAGAGUGUGACGGCAGCGUUUCGCCGAGCGGAGACCUGUUCGCCCGAAAUGAUUGGCAAUUCAAAUGAGAAAGUCUGAGAAAUGUCUUUUUCUCUGGGCGACACCUUCUGCGUUCCAGCCAUUAUGUACAGGCGGAAACAAGCGAGUGUUUGCGUCUUCCAAACACUAUUUGGAUUGUCCAGAACUCAAAGAUCUCAGAGUGCCAAAUGCUGAAUGAAAUUAACACCCUUACUGACAUCAACGCUUGCUAUUGAGGAGCACAUCCUGCCUUAUUUCACCCGUCACUUUCCCAUCUCCUUGCAAGAGCUAACGUCACUGAGAAGCUCCACCCACUCACCUUUUGAUCCCUGUCGCUAUGGAGAAUCUCAGUGAGCUCCAGAACCCAUUGUUGGACAAAAACAGUAAGCACAUGGUCAACGGUUAUGGGGGUGAUUUCCCUAAUAACCAGUACCAGGAAAACAUUAUAAAUUACUUUGCUGGAGGUGGAGGUGGAGGUGAGGGAGGAGGAGGAAAGGUGAACAAUGGGAACGUAGUGAGCGGAGGUAGUUACAAUACCAAUGGGAAGAUGAAAUCUCAGCAGCUUUUGGAUGCCACCUCACUGCAUCUGGCAGUAGAGGCCUUCUACAGGCCCAACUUCAUCCUGUACAAGGAGGACAGCAGCAGCAUCAAGGCUAAGGAAUACAAAAGCGAGUGCUGUGAGACCACCUUCACAGAGAAGAAGGCGAAGGAGGCGACCCCUGCUACAGCAGGGGCGGACACGCCUGGUACAGAGGAUCCCCAGGCGAAGCUGCUGGAAGAUGGUGAACAAAUCAAGAUCCAAACUGUUUCCUAUGAGGUUGAGGAAGAGGAGUAUGUGGAGUAUGAGACGGACUGCUCUAGCGACAGUGAGAGCGAGGACAACUUCAUAGUCGUCCCUCCACGAGACCACCUGGGCCUGGCCAUCUUCUCCAUGCUCUGCUGUUUCUGGCCUCUGGGGAUUGCAGCAUUUUACUUCUCACAGGGGACCACCAAGGCAGUGAACAAAGGUGACUUCCCACUGGCCAACAUCGCCUCCCGACGGGCUUUGUUCCUUGCUGCCCUCUCCAUCACUAUAGGCACCGGUGUGUAUGUGGGGGUGGUGGUAGCUCUCAUUGCCUACCUUUCUAAACCAGGACACAUGUAGCAGCCGCACCUUCCCUCCACACACCUCCGGGGAGCCCAGGAGGAGAACAACCCCCUCUUGGGAAUGGCAUUGCUCCUGCAGACUUCAAGGAAAGUUUUGGGCGGGAUGUACAGUUUUUCCUCUCAUCCUUCCUUCCUUUCCAGCUUUCUCUCCCUACAGGCCCUCUGUCAGCCAAGAUUAGCCACAGUGACUGGAGAUAGGUCAAGCUGGAGGGUGAGAAGACAGGGAAUUGAGGAAGGUUUUUUUUGUUAAGACAGGAAGAAGAUUUGAAUAAUGGAAAUAUUCCAUGUUGGAGUCCAGUUUUCAUCCCAUUGACUUCAACCCCUGUUGGAUUCAUCCUCUUUUGGCUGGAUUUUUGACUUCCAAGACCUCUACAGAAACCCUGAGGAGAAAGCAAUUAUUAAGAAGGAGAGGCUGAGGAGGGUUAGAAAUCAAAACAAAAUCACUCCUAAACCAACUCUAUGUUGUUGUUCUUUGAGCUGCAGUUAAAAUUGUAGCCUCUCUGUGGACUCCUGUCUCCUCCUGUCUCCUGUCAUCACCACCCAGGACUGUCUUUAAUAGACCGCGAGCUUCUCUCAUGGACUCAUAAUACCAAGACUGAAUUUGUCUCUUGGCUGACUGCCUCACAGCAGAUGACCACACUCCCAGUUUCUUGAAAUCAUGGCUGAAGGACGUCUUUCAUUUACAGAUAAACUGUAGAAAAAAGUACAGAACUACUGAUAAUAAUUUCGAUCAAUGAAGAAUAAAGCUCAGAGAGAAAAAAAUAUAUCAAAUGCGAUUAGAGGCUGUUUUUUUCUCAUUGAACAAUAUGUACUGGCAUGAACUGCAAGAAUCUGAAUGGAGCCUCAGGCCUGUAUUUUACCUCGGAGAAGCUGUCCAUCAAAGACAUGCCCUGAAAUCAAAACAAAAUCUGUUCAUGCCAGAUAUGGUUUGCCUACGUACAUGCAAAUGUGCUUUGUUUUUAUUUUAGUCUGUUUUGUGUUCCCUGCUGUCUGAAGGCACCUUGAUUAAUCUCGCUUUAAGGAAUGUUUGUUUAUAGCCUUUGAAGUAAAGCACAGAAGUGAGGUGGCCCGAUGGUCAGAAAUUCAGGGGAAAAUGAUGUACAGUGGCCCCCAAAAAACACUGCAUCUGGAAACACAAUGUAAAAUGAAACAUCAGCGGUUCACAAUGGGCGAGGAAGUUAUAAAUCAGGUAGAUAAUAUCAUUAAAAGGCAGGCCUUACAUAUCCUCCAGGGCUGCGCAUAUAAACAAAGUGUCACGGUCCGACAGCUUUGAAUUUAGCCGUGAUCGAUUAUUCUUUGCAUGACUCUACCUAUGCCAGCAGUAUACUGCUUCGCUUGAUUGAUUAGAUUUAGAACUUGUUUUUGUCAGAUCAUAAAAAAGCGUAAAUUAAAAUUGAUCAGGCUGUGAAGGGGCUUUUAUUUUGUGCAAUAUCUUAACGCGUAUUGCCCCAAUUGAGCUAUUAACACAGAAGGCAUUUUAGAGUAGUAAAGCAUUGAGACAUUUCAAUUUGUUUCUUCACAAUUUCCAGAAUUUCUACUCAAGUUUAAAAACAGACACUCAACAGACAUUCGCUGAUUCUUGUAUGAAGGGCUUAUAAAUUACAGAGAUUUUAGUUUUUGUUUUUAUAUUGUAGACAGGUAGCUGCUAGUUGAAGCAGUAAAGCCUCAAGAGGUGACAUUAUACACUUAGUUUCCCUGCACAGGUCCUGCAUUAGUCAUACCUGACAUUUAUGGUGCACAAUUAGCUCCCUGUAAUGGCUUUUUCUGAAGGAAUGUGUACUCUCUGGAGCAUAGCCCUAAAAUAGCACAACCACAUUAAUUUCACUAAUAAGCCUCUUUUGCCGUCGUUGGUUGCUGUCAAACCCUGCAAGUAAACAAUCCAUUUACACAUCCUCAGCUCUGUGAACAUUUUGAAAUAAACAUGUAAGUCAGUUCUGCUGUGCUAAUGAAGAGUGAACAUCGCAGACUGCAGCUAAGACCCCAAAGCUUCCCUUUGAAUUUUAUUUUUGGCUGCCUGUAUGAGUAAACAUCCAGUUGUAUUUUGAUUAAAGGCAGUAAGCUGAAUGCUGAUUGAUUUGUUGGGAGCCCUAAAGAUUCGGCUUUAUUCUGGUCAUCUGAAUAGAGUGUCAUUUCACUGUGUAUGUUUGGCCUUAUAACCUCUGACCCCUUCUUAACACAUGUUCCAGUGGUAACUCAUGAGCCACUGAUUUGUGCACACAUCAUGACCAUCAGUGUAACUAUACUGAAAGGCUCUGUAUGUUUGCUUUCAUCUCUUGGAGAAAGUUUUAUUGCUGAUAAUGAUGAACAUGCUUUGUGUUAUGUAGCGUGUCAUUCAAAUGAUGUGUUUUUAUCUGGCUUCUUUGGCAUCCUGGUAUUGUGCAAUGUGUUACAACAGUAUGUGGGUUCGAAUACUGUUGUUAUUUUUUUCUCAUUGUGAUGAGCUGUACACAUCCAAGCAACAAAGACGAUUGCUAAAUGCAUUCCUCAAUGCCAGGGUGAUAGUGCUCUCUUGUGUUGUGCUCUUAAGCCAAAUUAAAGAAGAUUACAUUUUUUUAUAACAUUUAUGUUUUGGCAUUUCUUUCCUAUCUUGUGUGAAAGCAACAUGUACA